AUGUCACAUCGUGCACUUAAAAAGGUGUUGUCCUCUAAAGAUGUGACAGAGGGAGAUGCUGACGAAGCUGACGAAGAGGUUAUUUUGAAACCAAAGCAAUCAGUCUUUUCUAUGUUUGAUAUUUCGAUGCCUUCUGAACCAAUUGUUCCCUCAUCACACAGUGAAUCUGAACAGGAAGCUCGGCCGAAUCCAUCACAGUCUGCCAAACGCAAGAAAAAUAGAAGAGGGAAAAAUAAGAAUAAAUCUCCCUUGAAACCUGAACCCACAGAUGACGAUGCUCUAUUCGAAGCUGUACAAAAAUCUAUUUCUCAGCCGGGUACUUCGAAGAAGAGCAAUUCCCCUAUUUCUAGUUCUGAAUUGCUUUCUGUCAAUAGGAAAUUCCUCGAUUACAGAGCAGAAUUGAACAGAAAGUUUGGAUCUUCUUCCAAUGAAAACAAAAUACGCAAUCCAUUGCCUUUUGGCCAAUUAGUUCGUCCUAAUCCCCAAUGGCCACGUUUUGAAAGGUGUGGUUUAGAAAUGAAACAGUCUAAUGAUGGUUCCUUUGCUUUCGCGCAUGACAAAGAAUACUCUAAACAACAGAAGGCUUUCUAUGUCCUUCAAGAUGCCUUAGAUCCUCAACUUCUCUCGAUGUUUCUAUCUAAAGCACCUUAUCACAUCGAUACUCUUCUUUCACUAAGCGACUACUUAAAGCAUCAAGAUCAAUCAGAAGUUGCUUCUGAUCUUUUAGAACGAGUCUUAUAUGCUUAUCAAAUAACAUUCCACUUGGGAUUCAGUUUUUCUUCCUCCAGGUCUUGUCGCCUGGAUUAUCGCAUUCAAGAAAAUAGGUCUCUCUUUUUUGCCAUUUUCCGAUACAUUUUCUACGUUUCAUCCCGAAGUUGUUACAGGGCUGCUCUGGAGUAUAGUAAGGCGUUGCUUCUUUUGAAUCCAGAUGCAGAUCCGCUUGCUAUUCUUCUUGCAAUUGAUUUCUUUGCAAUUUCCGCUGAGGAUUAUGAAUUUCUAAUUGAACUCUAUGAAUCUUGGAAUCCAAAGCGCAACUUGUAUCUCUUCCCCAAUUUUGCCUUUUCCAUACCCCUUGCUAGAUGGUCUCAGAGAAAUCGUCAGCGAAGGAGGAAGCCGCCAGCUGAUAUAAAGGAUUCGGAAGAAAUUGAUAAAAUGCUUCAGGACGCCCUAAUUAUGUUCCCAGGUUUUCUUCCUCGCCUGAUGAAGCAUACUAGAGUUGGUGGAACUAGCAAUCUUGACAAGUCAGAACUCUUUGGCAAGGAAAUUCGUCUUAGGUAA